CGCACUCCGAUGCGACACACACUCUUUCCUCUCUAAUUGAGCAGCACCAGUUCCUCUUCCUCCCUUGCUACACGAUAAUCUAGCGCAUUUCCCACGAAACGAUUGGACACCCUCAACCUCCCCAACUCCGCGACCGCAUCCCCACCUCCACCCUCAUUUCCGCUCCUCCGCACGCAACCCCAGCUCCAACCCAGCUCCCACCUUAACAAAAAGGGCCUCCUCCCUACCUCCAAACGAACCAGCACUGAAUAUGCCACCACCAACACCACCACCACCCAAUUCAAACCCUAACCGCACAAAACCCCGCGUCGUGGCCCGCGAAGAACUCUCCCGCGCAACCAGUUCAGGCCACCGCCUCGUCCAAGACCUCCAAGACGAACUCCGCGCGCAAGCGCACGCGCACGCCCAGCAGCAGCAGCAGCAGCAGCAACAACAACAACAAGCCCGCCAACGCCCUCGCAUCUCUUUCCUUUCCGCCCUCCGCGCGCGCUACGCAACCCUCCCGCUACCCUUCCGGCGGUCCGUGCGGGUGCUGGGCGCCACGCUCCCGCUCCUCCCGAUCGGGCUCUUCUUCUCCGAGCACGUGCUGCAGGUGAUGUGGGUGCGCGGGCCCAGCAUGACGCCCUACCUGAACGAGGACUACGAGCAGAUGCACACGGCCAGCGACAUGGUGCUGGUGAACAUGUGGGGCGGGGGCGGGUUGUGGCCGUGGGAGCGGAAGCGGCGGUUGGAGAGGGGGAUGGUUGUUACGUUUCGCUCCCCUGCGAAUCCCCGCCACAUCGCCAUCAAGCGCGUCGUCGGACUGCCCGGAGAUCGGAUCACGACACGUGAACCCUGUCUGAAGGAUGCGCAGGUCGUCCCGUUCAACCAUGUGUGGUUGGAGGGCGAUGCGCGCGAUCCCCGGAAGUCCAUGGAUAGUAAUACCUACGGGCCGGUGAGUUGCAGUCUGAUCACGGGCCGGGUGCUCGCGGUGCUGUGGCCCAGGUGGCGGUGGUUGAAUUGGGAGGAUUGGGAACGCGGGCUUGUGGAGGGCGAUACGGAGCGUCGCUUCGGGGAGGGUUAUCGCCAGGAGGUGAGGGAGCGUGUGGUUAAGGAGGCGGUGAAGUUGGAACGCCCACAAUUGUCGUAGACUGCGGUUGGGAUGGCAAGGUGUUUACUGUAAGCUGGUUGGUGGUGUUCGAUGUUGUGUAUAUUAUGUUUGUUUGCAUUGAGUAUGUACAUAUUUCCUCCCUUUCGUCCUUCAUGUGUGUGCGGUGACUAUAUAGAAAUU